CCAUUUCGAUUUCUCUAAUCGACACUCACUUAACCUCUUUGUUGUGAACAAUGGGAGUGAAAGGUUUAUGGGAACUAGUCGCUCCCGUAGGUAGGCGAGUAUCCUUGGAUACCGUCAGAAACAAGACUUUAGCUGUCGACGUUUCUAUUUGGCUAACCCAAUUUUUAUAUGCUAUGAGAGACUCGGAAGGAGAACUCAUUCGCAACGCUCACUUGUUGGGUAUCUUGAGACGUUGUUGCAAACUUAUCUUUUACAAUGUGACACCAAUAUUUGUUUUCGAUGGAGCUACUCCUCAGUUGAAGAGAAGGACACUCAACUCAAGGCGGAAUCAACGAAACAAACAGAAGGUCAAAUUGCGCCGUCUUGCUGAACAAAUUGUACUAAAUGAAUUGAAGUUGAAAAAGUUAAAAGAGAAAACACAAAAGGAACCAAAACGAACUGAGAACCAAGUUGACACAGGAGUUAAUUCCCGUGACUUGUAUAACCAAUAUAUGGACACAGUUUUGAAAGCCACUUUAGAGAGGAAUAAUGCGGAAACUGAAAAGAAUACUGAGCAACUUGACAGUGAAGCACUUGAUGAUAACCUGGAACAAAGAGACUCUAUAACAGAAGAGCCGGAAAUUGAAGCUCAUUCCAACGAAACGGAAGAAGAUAAAGACAAAGAAGAUAACCUCACCAAUGUAGAAGUUUCCAAUUUAUCGGAGAACACUGUUUCCUUUGAGAAAGAAGAGUACGAAGUGCCAAAUUUCUGUGAAAUGAGCUCAGACUCUCUUGCGUUACUGCCACCUGAAAUGUUUGAAACAGUUGUUUCUGAAAUUCGCAGUAGAGAAAGAAAUCUUCACAGAGAAGAGUUUAUAAAAGUUGAAAACAAUCCUGCUGACUUUUCACAGAAGCAACUUGAAGGCUUCCUUCGUUUGUCAUUGACGAAGAGAGAAGUUAUGAAGGCUCGUGCAACAGCCUACUCUCAUUUGGGACAUGGAAGACGUCGCAUUGCAUCCGAUCCUGGUAAAAACUACACGCUUACUAAAACAGUUGAUUCAGUACCUGAAAAUGGAGAUGCUCUGGAGCCAAAUGAUUCAUACCAGUUUCCUACUAUUUUUCGAGUGGAAAGUAGCAUAGACAAUAAUAACAACAAGGUCGAUGAAGGCUUGGAGUGGACGAGAUUGGUUUCAAAUACUGAGAGGCACUUAGAGUCUUUAGAGAAAAGGGAAUCUGUUAUGGAAUUGGGCAAAGGUAAUGAAGAAUUUUAUGAAGGAAAUCUGGAAGAAGAAGAUGAAGAUAUCGAAUGGAUUGCAUGUCCUCCUGACGCCAAUUGCAAUUUUGUAGAACAGAAAGUUUAUUCAAAAGCUGAGGUGGAAUUGGAUGUCAUGGAACAGAAUGUUAGAGAUGGAACAAAUCUGUAUAGAGACAAUUCUUCUUCGGCUGAACUCGGUUUGCAUCUGGACGAAGAUAAUACAGAAGACGAAAUCAUGACAACUGAUAUUCAAUCGGCCAUAUAUUCUUCGCUUGCAAAUGAACAGUGUUCGGAGCGUAAAACUGAAACAUGUGCCGAUAGUUAUCAGAACUAUUCAGAAGAUAUCCCCAAAGUUUUGAUACCGGAUAAAGAUGAUAAUGUGACGAGUUUACAAGUGGGAAAGGAGGAUUCAGAGGAUAUGAUUUCCUCGAAAGUUGAUGAAGAGAAGGAUUCUUUCUCUUAUUUUGGGGAUACUCAAGAUACUUACUUUGAGGAAUCUCUAGAUGAGGAAGACAGAGACAGAGAAGUAUCAAGAGACUUUAUUUUGCCAGAUGAAAAGCUGGAAAACUUGUUUCAAGAGUUUGAAAAGGAACGUAGGGAGUUACGUCAAGAAUUUACUCAUUUGAAAAGCGGAUCUGACAUCAUUACUGAUGAGAUGUGUGAAGAAAUUCGUGAAUUACUUAGAAUGCUAGGAAUACCCUAUAUCCAAGCUCCAAUGGAAGCCGAGGCUCAGUGUGCAUAUUUCAGUCAAGUUGGUCUUGUAGAAGGCGUCGUCACAGAAGAUAGUGAUGCUUUUCUAUUUGGGGCAAAAACUGUAUUUCGAAACAUUUUUGAAGACAAGAAAUACGUAGAACAAUAUGAAAUGGAAGACAUUGAAAGAUAUCUCGGUCUUAACCGGGAAAAGUUGAUAUUGUUAUCUCUACUAUUGGGAAGUGAUUAUACCCAAGGCAUUCAUGGAGUGGGUGUUGUAAAUGCAACGGAAAUAAUGAGAGCGUUUCCAAGCUUUGAAGAACUCAUCGAGUUUGCCCAUUGGGCAAAUCAGUUGUCUCUUAAAGAAGAAAGAAUCUCUUUAGACUCAGAGGACCCCAACUUUGUCAAGAACGAAUUCUUUUUAAAGCAUCGCAAGAUGAAAAGAAAUUGGGUAAUACAUGAUUCUUUUCCUAACAAGCAUGUGGUUGAUGCUUACAGGUAUCCAAUGGUUGACACCAGUUCUAUAGAGUUUCAUUGCCAAAGACCGAAUAUAGCGCAACUUGUUGAAUUCUGUAGAGCCAAAUUCGGUUGGAACUCGGACAAAGUUAAGAAACUGGUUAUUCCUGUAUUGAAAGCGUACGAUGCAAGGAAUCAGCGACAAACUUGCAUCGAGCAAUAUUUCCAUCCUAUGCGUUUUGCAAAGAUCAAAAGUAAGAGACUAGAAAAUGCAGUUCGUGGAAUUACAAGGGCAGUUGAUGAGGAAAUGUUUCUAUCUCAAACGAGGGAGGAACAUGUGGACGAUGCAACUUGUGAAACUCUUGAUGCAGUGUCCCCCAGAAAGAGGAAGAAGAAACAAAAGAAGAGUACUAAAGAGAGACGUAAGAAAUCUUCAUCUGUUGAAAGUGACCCAUGAGAUAUCGGGAUCAUUUCAUUUAUU